UGCUAAUGCACUUCAAACGUAUUUAUUUCGUAUCGAUAGCAAAAUUAAUCGUUAUCGUUUCUAGUUGCCACCUGGCAUAAAAACGCGUUUUUGAAAUUACCUAAAAAAUCACGCGCAGCUAACUUCAAGUCAAACUGAAUUGUGUUUUGUCAUUGCGAAGUGUUUUAUAGCCCAACUGCCCGGAAUUACAAAUAUUUCUAUAUAAAAUGAAUCAGCAAUCGCUCAAAGUUCGCCCAUCAGACGUACAGGUGCUGAACGCCACGGGCAAGGCGAGGCUGCCCACGGAUCAGAACUGUUUGAGCCAAUUGGCGCACGUACAUCGUUUGCGCGACUCGGAAUUGAAUUAUGAUGAUCACAAGUAUAACUUGAACAUGCAAAUGCUGCGAAAUCGCGAGGGUCUGGGCGCACCCUUGCGAAUGGGCAUGGAACGCUUUGCCGCACGCCAAAUAGGCCGUUUGCCCUUUCUGCAGUCCAGCAACAUGAUGGACGAUGUGAUCACUGGACGCUGUGACGAAAUCUCAUUUGAAGACUUCCUCAACCUGCCCGAGUACAAUGAGAACUUGCGCCAGCCGCAUGCCGUCGUGGAGAAAUCGUUGGGCAUUUAUCUCUAGAUAGAUCUAUAACUUUUUUACAUUACCAUCUUAUAAUAAAAACUGUAACAGCCCUUGCUUCACAAAGUGGAA